AUGGGUUACACCGACGCCGACUGGAAGGCUAUCAACACCAUCCGCAUCCUCGCUGUCGAUGCCACCUCAAAAGCCAACUCUGGCCAUCCUGGCGCCCCUAUGGGCCUGGCGCCGGCCGCCCACGUCCUCUUCAACAAGUUCAUGACCUUCAACCCCAAGAACCCCAGCUGGAUCAACAGAGAUCGCUUCGUCCUCUCCAACGGCCACGGCUGCAUGCUCCAGUAUGCUUUGAUUCACCUGUUCGGCUACAAGGUCUCGAUAGACGACCUCAAGGCAUUCCGACAAGUUGACAGCAUCACCCCAGGCCAUCCGGAAUCGCACGAUACACCAGGCAUUGAAGUCACAACUGGACCGCUUGGUCAAGGUUUUGCCAACGCUGUCGGUCUUGCUAUUGCUCAGGCUCACACUGGGGCUGUCUUCAACAAGCCCGGAUUUGACCUGAUCAACAAUCACACUUACAUGUUCUUCGGUGAUGGCUGUGCUCAAGAAGGCGUGGCAUGCGAGGCUGCCUCCUUGGCUGGUCAUCUUCAGCUCGGCAACCUGAUUGCUAUCUACGACGACAACCACAUCUCGAUCGAUGGUGACACAAAGUGCGCCUUCACCGAAGAUGUCCUGAAGCGGUUCGAGGCCUACGGCUGGCACACUCAGCACGUCGAGAAGGGCGAUGACGAUCUUGAAGGCAUUGAGGCUGCUAUCAAAAAGGCCAAGGAGGUCACUGACAAGCCUUCCGUUAUCAAGCUCACCACCACCAUUGGCUUCGGCUCGAAGCUCCAAGGUACCGGUGGCGUCCACGGCAACGCCCUGAAGGCCGAUGAUGCGAAGCACGUCAAGCAGAAGUUCGGCUUCAACCCCGAGGAGUCCUUCGUCGUUCCCCAAGAAGUUUAUGAUCAAUAUCACAAGCACGCGGCGGAGGGCGCAGCUGCCGAGGAGGCCUGGAAUGAUCUGUUCAAGAAAUACCAGAGCGAGCACAAAGAAGCAGGUGCAGAUCUUGCUCGACGUAUCUCCAGGAAGCUCCCGGACGGUUGGGAAAAAUCGCUGCCGCAGUGGAAGCCGACCGAUGCCGCCGACGCUACCCGCAAGACAUCUGAGAAGGUUCUUGAAUCAAUUCACAAGGCCGUGCCAGAACUAUUAUCUGGCUCUGCUGAUCUGACCGGCAGCAACAACACUCGGUGGAAGGAUGCUGUCGACUUCCAGCCACCCAGCACAGGCAUUGGUGAGUGGUCUGGCAGAUAUCUGCGCUACGGUGUCCGCGAGCACGCCAUGGCUGCGGCGAUGAACGGCAUAUCAGCCUAUGGUACCCUCAUCCCGGCAGGUGGCACUUUCCUCAACUUCGUUUCAUAUGCUGCCGGUGCAGUCCGUCUGUCCUCACUCUCGCAUCAGCGCGUCAUCUACGUCGCGACACACGAUUCGAUCGGUCUAGGUGAGGAUGGCCCAACACAUCAGCCUAUUGAGACCCUUGUCCAUUUCCGUGCGCUGCCAAACAUGAUGGUCUGGCGCCCGGCCGAUGGCAACGAGACCUCAGCUGCGUACUACAUGGCUCUGACUUCGGUACACACUCCUUCGAUUUUGGCUCUCACUCGUCAGAAUCUUCCUCAACUUGAGAACUCGACUCUGCAGAACGGCAUCAAGGGCGGCUAUGUUGCUAUCGACACCGCCGACGCCGACAUCACACUCGUGUCUACGGGCUCAGAAGUCGGCAUCUGCGUUGAGGCUGUCAAGACUCUCGGCGAUGAGGGCAUUAAGGCUCGUGUCGUCUCGAUGCCUUGCACAGAGGUCUUCGAUGCCCAGCCCAAGGAAUACCAGCUCAAGGUCCUGCCUGACGGCAAGCCUAUCAUGUCUGUCGAAGUCAUGUCGACUCACGGCUGGGAGAAGUAUUCUCACGAGCAGUUCGGUCUCAACAGAUUCGGCGCAUCUGGUCCAUAUAAGGACGUCUACAAGAAAUUCGAGUUCACUCCUGAGGGUAUCGCGAAGCGCGCGAAGCAGACCAUUGAGUUCUACAAGGGCGUCAACCCACGGAGCCCGGUUAACCGCGCUUUCCAGCAACUUCAGUAG